CUCCAGAUUCGACUGUCGUGGCUAUUUACAAGACUUCUCGGAGUACGAUGCCGACAAUGUCAUCAGGCGAUCAAACCUCCAAACUGAAGAGGAUGCCGCCUUGGAAGAACUCUGCGAUUACGAGCGCUAUCUUGAGUUGGAGGUGGAUGUUCAAGAGGUCGCUAUUUUACAGGAAGAGGAGGUGAAACGUGAAUGCGAGGCUGUACGAAGUUCCUACGCGGCAGUGAAUUUUUCAUAUGAGGCAAAAGAUGCGAGUUCUUCGCGUGAACCUGGUGCUGACGAAUCUAAACCGGCUACAGUGCUUCCUUCAGCUGCGUCAGCUAGCGUUCCGGUAAAGCCGGAGGAAAGCGACACUGAUGUUACGACAUCAUCCAAAAACUCUGAUAACGCCCCAUACGUUUGUCCUCCCGAGCUCGUUCUGCCGCCGUAUAUGGUGCUUCCACAAACCGAUCGCCAGGCUGCUAUUAUUGAGCGUACAGCCGUAUUUAUCGCCCGUAAUAGCACUCAAAUGGAGAUCGUCCUCAAGGCCAAACAAGCUUCCAAUUCUCAAUUUCAAUUUUUAAAUUAUGACUCGGAGCUCAAUCCCUUUUACAAAGAAUUAGUCAAAUUGAUCAAGGCCGGGCGCUACUUUCCAAAGAUCAGGCAGCUGCCGGAAACAAAUACCUUCGGUGGUGACGGUCAGACAGAUCCUUUAACUUCAGAGAGCCUGGCUAUUGAAGCUGUAAGUGACCUUGACAGCAACUAUAUCGAGGCGGCUAAAGCACCUCAACGCGGACAUCUCAUGCAUUUGCUGAAGUACUGCCUCAAAACUUACUUAAGCUUCGAAGGGCCAGUUGAUGACGAGCCCUACCAGUUAAAGCUACCUAAGGUGGAUAUCUCGAACACGGCAUAUGCCUCCUUGAUAAAUCGUUUUAAGAAAUCGAACGAAGACAAAUUGGCAGCUUUAAGCCCAGCUUCGUCUGCCGCUGCCGAAUCUCCCAAAGACGCAGCCUCUCCCGCAUCGCCUUCUCAGUCUGGGGAAGAAUUUCAUAAUUCCACCUCUGGUCAAAACGAACCUGCCUUAUCCGAAAAACCGUUGUCAGAGGGCAACGACCUUUCGGCAUCAUCCAAAUCAAACGGUUUCUCUGCCUUAGACUACGAGCAAUGCUACCAAAACUAUUAUAAACACUACUAUGCCUACUACUAUAUCCAGCUGGCACGAAAUCGUGUGGGUAGUAAGAAACUGACGUCUGAUCUGAGCCCCGAGGAGUCCGCCAGCCUGGUGCAAGAGGCAGCUAAGGCUGCUGCCACAGCGGCUUCAUCGGCUGUCAACGCAAUUCAUCAAUCAAGCAAUUCUCCUUCAGUAGAACAGCGUGUUAUUAUUGACAAAAUGGCUGAGUAUGUGGCACGCAAUGGUGAAGAGUUCGAGGAAAUCGUUAAAAAUCAGAAAAAAGGUGACCCACGCCUGGCAUUCCUUCGACCAGGUCAUCUAUUCCAUGCAUACUACCAGUCCAAGAAGGCGGAGAUAAUGGCGAGCAGAGCAAAAGAAUCCGCAAUCAAACACUUCUCUACGGAGAAGCUUGCAGUAGGUAAGCGGAAACUCAAAAAGAAGAUUUAG